CCAUGACAUUGUUGGCAAAAAAAUCAGUCGCGUUUUAGCCACCAGAGAAACAUCUCUAGGGGGGCCCGCGCUUGCGGUUAACAUGAGCGGAACACGUCGGCGAAGCGACAUUGAGCCGACGGCAUGUAACAGGGCUGCGAACGCCCGAUCGAUCAAUCACAUCGACACGAUUUAGAUUUGUGCCUUUAACUUGAACUGUGAUCGCAAUUAAAAUGGCCGAGUCGAGAAUUGACGUUGGCUUCGAUCUGUCCGCACUGAUGACAGACGACUUCGAUCUAGAGAGUGCCGCCGACUUUGAGGAGUUGCUCAAAACGCCGAAAAACCAAGACUAUUACGAGCUGACGUCGAAAACGAUACCGCUGUCGGAAAGUACUCCAAAUUUGAAAACAACAACAACUGUUUUAUCCCGAACACAGCUUAAACAGCAACUAAUGCGAGAUCAUGCCAUUUUAGAGCAACAAAGGCAACAACAGCAACGUGAUGACAGAGCGAAGCUGCACCACCAGCACCAGCACCACCGUCCAAUAAUGCCGCCGUCAGUGAAGGUGCCAAUACAAAAUUUGUCGUCGGUACCGCCGCAAGUGCUCGAAGUGCAAACCAAGUUAGAGAAUCCGACCAAAUACCAUGUGAUCCAAAAACAGAAGAGCCAAGUCAAGCAAUAUUUAAGUGAAUCGUUCCAGCAGCACGGUAACACGAACUACUUUCCCGGUAUUAAUUUGUCGUACGGACAGACUCACAGUGCUCCGGUCAGCAGUAAUAAUAAUUUGGUACCGAACACUGGUAGUAUUAACUUCACGUCGCAUUCGCAACCGUACAACGUGCCCAUCGGGAAUUCGCCGAACUUCGAUGGAUCGGCAAUGUCGCCGGCGCUCAGUUCGGGAGCCACAAGUACUUCAGAGGCUGAAGAUCUCAUCGAUGAUCUGCUAUCACUAGAGUCAAGUUCUUUGGCUUCCGAUGGGUUCAAAACUGACAACUCCCUGACGGGGGCGGACAUCAACAUCAAAAAUGAGCCGUUCAUGCUCAGCGAAGCUGAACUCCAUGCCCUUGCUAAGGAUCGACAGAAAAAGGAUAACCACAAUAUGAUUGAACGCAGAAGAAGAUUCAACAUAAACGAUCGAAUAAAAGAGCUUGGAACACUGCUCCCCAAGAACAACGAUCCCUACUACGAGAUAGUGCGAGAUGUACGCCCCAACAAGGGCACCAUACUCAAGUCCUCCGUCGAAUACAUAAAAUGCCUUAAAAACGAAGUGCACAGACUAAAGCAACAAGAGGCAAGACAAAAACAAAUGGAGAGUAUUAACAGAAGGCUGCAACUGAGAGUACAGGAACUCGAGAGACAAGCGAAGUCCCACGGUCUACCGGUGUCCGAUUUCAACUGGCAAACCAUGUCGAUGAAUUCCCCAAAUCCGUACAAUUCAUACGCGAACACGCAAAAUCCCACCUCCAUAGCUGCCAUCCUGCCCUCCCUUGAUCUGACAGAUCGAAAAAUGCCAGAUGUGAUAUCUGACGCCACAUUGAGCUUGUCGGCAAUGGAGGAGGGAAUGGAUGACGAUGAUCUCGUGUAUGGAGUGAAUGGAGAUCCCAUGCUUUCAUCACCAAACGCUUUACCCACCGAACACCUGCUUGCUUCUCCCGCACAUCCCGGCUCUUCGGAUCCGUUGCUCUGUGAACGCUUACCAACACCGACACCUACAAGUCACAUAGACCACGUAGACGGCGACACGUUGGACAUAGAUAUGAUUGCAUGAUAUCCGUUACGAUAAUACAGGAGUUUUGUUUAGCGUUACGGGCGUUACGGAAGCGAAUAAAUGUUAAGGGAUUACCAACAUUUAUUAGCGCCUACCAUAGAUAUCAAUAUCGCUUUUAGGAAAUCUUAUCCUGUUGUUGUUAACUUAAUGGAAAUGUUAGAGAAAACUGUAGUUUAUUGGAUAUAUCUUCUAAGCAAUCACAAAUUCAGUAUUAGUAGAUUUAAAUUAGAAUUGGAAAUAUAUCGGCAAUAAUGUUAGGAGGAUGCUCUUAAAGCGGAUCUUGGUUCCUUUUUAUCAUUCCUUAGGAGAACUCGCCGUCACUAAAGCAUUUUUCAAGCACAACUUCGAACAUAGUACAAAUACACAAGUCAUGAAACACAUACAAAGCUGGAUAACAUCCCCUAACAUUCUACCAAAAUCUACUAAAGUUUUCUGUAACACUUCUCUUGUAGAUUUAACAGUAAAAUGAAUGUGAAAGAGCAAUAAUUUAAGCAAUACAGACUAGGACUUAUUAAAUAAUAUGUAGUGAAUGUAUUAUUUACUUGUUAAUUUAAAAAAAACAUUUGUAUUUCUGGUGCCUUUAAUGCAAGAGUGCCUUUUUAGCUCAAAUUUUAUAGAUAUCAUUUUUGUUAUAUAAAAAUAAUAUUCGUUUAAAAGCCAAAUAUAUGUAUAUAAAAAUCAAAAAGUAUUGUGAUGUAUUCUGGGUAUGGAUUUUCAGAUCGAUGUUAUUCUAUUUAGAAUAUUAUAUAUUUUGUUUGAGAUUAUAUUAAUUGUUCGAAAAUAAAACGUCUUAAAAAAUCCUUUUGA